GCGCAGCAGUAUUAGUCGAGAUGAAAUUGGGAACGGUAAAUCCCCGUUAUGUUGUGCGGUUCUGAGUAGUUUCUUGUAAAAGGAGUUAUUACAACUCAUCACUUUUGUGGGUGAAAAUUGCACUUCGUUUGUUAGCGUGAUUAAAGUGUUUCCUCGCGAUUGAGAAAACAGUGGAUAGUUCAAGUUUAGCGAAGUUCAGUCGAUUUGAAUCCAGUGUUCUUUACCGACAGAAAAUAUUCCUAGCCAAGUUAAGUUUUAUCUCCUUCGAAACUUCCAAACCAUUUAAAAUGUGUCCUUCAAACUGAAGUAGUGAGAAGAAGUUGCUGAUCGUGGUGAAAAUAAUGGUUUGAGAAGAAGUGAAAAAAGGUGUGAAAAUGUGUUCUCAUUGGAAAAUACGCCGAAGGGCAAAGGAAGUUGAGCAAGUCUUUGUAAUUAAACCGCAGUGAAUAGAGAGUGAAAAAAUUAAGAAGCAAAGUAGCAGCUACUAGUGCUGGAUAGAAAAUCCGGUGUGUCAAAUGUGGAAUGCGAAAAAGUAAAACAGAUAAUAAGAUUAGAAGUGGAAAGCUAUAGCUUAAUGCGGUUAUAAAACACAAAAUAUCCCUAUCCAGAAAGUCUACAGCAGUGAGAAGCUCAUACGUUUGGACAAGCGACAAGGUCUCAACGUUCACGUUCACUUGCAAGAUUCAUCAGUACCUGCAAUGGAAUUGAGCUGAAAUGGAUUUGGAAUUAAUAAUGGUGAUAGUGCAAUAGUGUCCGUCAAGUUCCAUGACGAAGAUGCCACAUGAAGAGUGCAGUGUUUGUUUUAUCUAAUUAUUUAAGUGUGUUUUGUGUUUGGAUAGCAAAUAGAACAAAACAUGUGUGCGUAAUAGUAGGAUGAUUUGAAAACUGAAUCCUUCAGCAAACUCGACGCAAUGGCGGGAUAUGAAUACGCCAAGGAUUCAAAGCAGGAGCGCUGACGGGUUCAGGGCACCAGGAAGAGAUUUAAAGUCAACUGGGGAAUAACGUCGCCUCAAAAUGCCAGGAGGGAGAAGGGGGCUCGUAGCUCCCCAAAAUACAUUUCUAGAAAACAUCAUACGUCGGUCUAAUUCGCAGCCGGACAGUUCGUUUCUGCUAGCGAAUGCUCAAAUCGUCGAUUUUCCAAUAGUGUACUGCAAUGAGGCCUUUUGUAAGAUUAGCGGCUACAACCGCGCCGAGGUUAUGCAGAAGUCGUGCAGAUGUGGCUUCAUGUAUGGUGAGCUGACAGAGAAGGAAACCGUAGCGAGGGUCGAAUACGCACUGGAGCAUCAACAGCAUGACCAGUUCGAAGUCUUGCUGUAUAAGAAGAACAAAACGCCACUAUGGCUUUUACUACAGGUGGCACCUAUCAGAAACGAGCGAGAUUUGGUUGUGCUGUUCUUGCUGACAUUCCGUGACAUCACGGCACUCAAACAGCCAAUUGACAGCGAGGACACGAAAGGAGGGUUAUCAAAGUUUGCCAAACUAGCCCGAUCCGUCACCAGGAGCCGUCAAUUUAGUGCGCAUUUGCCUACGCUAAAGGAUCCUACUAAGCAAUCAAACCUAGCUCAUAUGAUGUCAUUAAGUGCCGAUGUUAUGCCACAAUAUCGUCAGGAAGCGCCAAAAACACCGCCGCAUAUAUUACUGCAUUAUUGUGCAUUUAAAGCAAUCUGGGAUUGGGUGAUAUUGUGUUUAACAUUUUAUACUGCAAUUAUGGUACCAUAUAAUGUAGCCUUCAAAAACAAGACAUCCGAAGAUGUUUCACUACUAGUAGUCGAUUCGAUAGUAGAUGUAAUAUUUUUCAUAGAUAUCGUAUUAAAUUUCCACACUACGUUCGUUGGCCCGGGAGGAGAGGUGGUCAGUGAUCCGAAGGUUAUUCGCAUGAAUUAUUUAAAAUCAUGGUUCAUCAUUGAUUUGCUUAGCUGCCUGCCGUAUGAUGUCUUCAACGCAUUCGAUCAUGAUGACGACGGAAUUGGAUCACUUUUCAGCGCGUUGAAGGUAGUUCGACUGUUGCGUUUAGGACGAGUUGUUAGAAAAUUGGAUCGUUACUUGGAGUAUGGAGCAGCAAUGUUGAUUCUAUUGUUGUGCUUUUACAUGUUAGUAGCUCAUUGGCUCGCGUGCAUCUGGUACUCAAUUGGACGAAGCGAUGCUGACAACGGGGUACAAUACAGCUGGCUGUGGAAGCUGGCGAAUGUCACGCAAAGUCCGUACUCGUACAUCUGGUCGAAUGAGUCUAAUGCACCAGAACUGGUCAAUGGACCGUCAAGGAAAACGAUGUACGUUACAGCGCUCUAUUUUACGAUGACAUGUAUGACAUCGGUUGGAUUCGGAAACGUGGCCGCCGAGACGGACAACGAGAAGGUAUUCACUAUCUGCAUGAUGAUAAUUGCAGCUCUCCUGUACGCCACAAUUUUCGGCCAUGUAACCACAAUUAUCCAGCAAAUGACAUCCGCCACCGCAAAGUACCACGACAUGUUGAACAAUGUGCGGGAAUUUAUGAAGCUGCACGAAGUCCCGAAGGCGUUGAGUGAGCGGGUUAUGGACUAUGUGGUAUCCACGUGGGCGAUGACCAAAGGGUUGGACACGGAUAAGGUUUUGAACUAUUGUCCCAAGGACAUGAAAGCGGAUAUCUGCGUGCAUUUGAACCGGAAGGUAUUCAACGAACAUCCGGCCUUCAGAUUAGCUUCGGACGGUUGUUUGCGAGCGCUUGCGAUGCACUUUUGCAUGUCACAUUCGGCCCCAGGUUGCGACUUGUUAUACCAUACGGGAGAGAGCAUCGACAGUUUGUGUUUCAUUGUCACCGGAAGCUUAGAGGUGAUCCAGGACGAUGAAGUGGUUGCCAUUCUCGGAAAGGGCGAUGUUUUCGGUGACUCCUUCUGGAAGGACUCUGCUGUCGGACAAAGUGCGGCCAACGUGCGAGCGUUAACUUACUGUGAUUUACAUGCGAUAAAAAGAGACAAACUACUCGAAGUAUUAGAUUUUUACCAAGCUUUUGCUAAUAGUUUUGCAAGGAAUUUAGUUUUAACGUAUAAUUUAAGGCAUCGAUUGAUAUUUAGGAAAGUAGCAGAUGUGCGAAGGGAAAAGGAGCUGGCUGAGCGACGAAAGAAUGAACCACAGCUGGGCUCUAGCCAAGACCAUCUGGUAAGAAAAAUAUUUUCUAAAUUUAGAAGAGCUCAGCAAAAUGCACAAGGACCAAAGGAACAAACUGGCUCCACUCAGUUGAGCGACGUUGAGAAAGGAGACACAGAUACUGAAAAAGUGAAGCUACCCGCCAAGCUUACACUAACCGAAGACUCUCGCGUCCUUACAACCGUCCCAUCACCGUCACCAUCACCGUCGCCUUCAUCGGGACCUCCAUCGGCGAAAGGGGCCCGAGCUAGCAAAUGGGGCCGCCUGUUGGGUAGCUCUAGUGUCGAUUCAGCCAGCGAUACAAGCACAAAGGUAGCCGUGUCUAGAAGCUUAAGUGCACGUGAAAGUUUGCGUGAAAGUGCACAAGGUAGAGCGAGUAGUAGCUCAAGUAGUAAUGGCGGUCAAGGCAAUAAGAUAUUUCCUAAGACCCCAAAGCUAACACCAAGUCCUGCGACAUUGGCACGGCAGGAUACAAUUGAUGAAGGAGGAGAGGCAGACCAAACGCCCAAUCGGGAACGGCCGAAUGUUGUGCAUAUAGAGCGAGAAGCUGCAAAGCCACCUACUCUGGAGCGACAACCCACUGAGAGAGAUCGACUGUUGGACAGUACAAGUACGAACCGGGAUCGAAUGAAUGAACGGGAUCGAGAGCGAGAACGAGAUCGGGAACGUGAGCGAGAGAGGGAACGAGAACGAGAACGAGACAGACACAUGGAGCGAAAUUUGUCGUUCGAACGGGAAAGGCAGAUAGAGAUGGCACAAUCCAGAGCGACAACAUCCGAUACGUAUGAUACGGGGCUUCGGGAACAGCCCUCGACGUUAGCGCAGCGUGAUCUGAUAGCAACAGUAUUAGACAUGAAGGUAGAUGUCCGCUUGGAAAUGCAGCGGAUGGCACAAAGGAUGAGUAAAAUCGAGGAUUUACUGAGCGACCUUAUCAAUCGAAUACAGAUCGAUUCCUCUGGCCAGAGUUCCCCAGGCGAUAUGACUAGUACCAAUUUGGUGCCAACAACUGCACCAGGCACAAACACCUCCAGUUCGAUCAUUCCUUCGGCUAGUAGUCUGAAUACGGCUACCACCCUGGUGGGGUCAACAGCUGCCCCAGGACCCGGUGGUAAUGGGCUUGGACCGAUUCUACUACGAAAACGACGAUCCAAAAGUCGGAAAGCUCCUGCUCCACCCAGACAAAGUCCCGAGCAAACCAGACUGUUGGAAGCUGAUCUACCCUCGUCAUCCACACGAAAGCGCGAAUUCCUCUAGCCCCGGAUUCUGAUGCGUCAUCAAUCGGAUAACUCGAACGAUCAGUAGUGAUAUCAGUUCCCGUCUGUUUUUACACCUCUUCACGUGAUCCGUUUGAUGACGGUCUUUCCUGCACAGUGUUAGGUACCUUCUCUACGCUGGAAUGAUUUUGCUUUAAAUUUUACGUGGAUUUUCGGUGCCUUUUUCCAAGAAUCUGGAAUAUCGCUAAAAUGUUUUCGAUAUUGAGAGAUCAAUGCUUUCUCAGCUGUUAAUUUGUGAUUUUUAAAGCAAUUGUCUGCAUUUAGGUGCAACUUUGUAUUUUGAGACAACUUUCUUUGUAAUUUCUGCUGUUAAUACACUUUGUACAAGGAUUUCGGCAUCUGAUUCGGGUUCAGGGAUCCCAAAUUUAAUAAGAACAGUUACAAUAAGUAACAAGUAAUCAUGCACAACAACAGAGAUCCCAUAGCAACUGAUUUUAAUAUGAAUAGUUUUUCAAUGUCGUUUAG